AUUCCUUAUGUUUCGAAAAAAAAGUAAAUAAGUAAAUCCAUAAAAAUAAAUUUUCGUGAAAUUAGAAAUGUUCAAUAUGUCAAGUGAGUUAUCAAAAGUACAAAACUAUUUAUCAAAGUGUAGAUGUUGCUUGCAAGGUCCUGGAGAUAACAUGAUCUUUACUAAAAUCAAUAAAAGCAUUGCGGAAACAUUCUUAAGGAUCACAAAUGUUAAACUUACAAUUUCACCAUCGCUCUCGUGUAACAUUUGUACUGUGUGUCAUUCAGAAAUUGUCAAGAUUUCUGCAUUUUUAGAAACUCUUGUCUCAAAUCAAAAUUUUCUUUACGAACUGAUUUCAAAUUCCGAGACAUCUGAAAAAGAAAAAAAUGAAAACUUUUCCAAUCUCAUUGAAGAUGAGUCUAACUUUAUAAAACUUGAAACUGAUUUUACUAGUGACUCUAAUUUAUUUGAAAAUUCUGAACCAAAGAGAAAUUCACAGAAAGAUGUUGAUAUGAAGGGAAAUAUUAAAAAGAAACAAAUUAAAACAACUAUAGGAUAUCCUGACAACACAUGCCCAGAAUGUGGCAAGAAAUUUACAGAAAAGCGAAAAAUUCCACUCCACAUUCGACGAGUUCACAUAAAAAUUAAAGACUUUCAUUGUGAUUUAUGUGAUUAUUCUUCUUACACUCGUUUCGAUAUUGUGCGACAUGUGAGAAAUGUUCACACACCAUCAGCUGAAAGUUCUGGUGAUCAUAGAGUUUGUCCGCAUUGUGGAAAAGUUGUUCGAGGAAAUAAUCAAUUAACAUUGCAUAUUCGAAAAAAACAUCUCAACAUAAAGAAAUAUCAAUGCGAUAUGUGUUCGUUUGCGAGUUAUUUAAAAUAUGCAAUGAGAAGUCAUCUCGAGCAUGUUCACAUUCCCAAAGAGUUCAAAGAAUUCCACCAGUGCAAUUUAUGUCCUUCUGUGCUUUCAUCGGCUAUUGGGUUAAAAGUUCAUAUGCAACAUAAGCACUCAGGAUUAAAGCCUCACAGCUGUUUUUGUGGCAAGAGCUUUAGCUUAAGAGAAACUUUAAAAACGCACAUUAGAAAUGUUCAUAAAGGAGAAAGAAGAUUUGUUUGUCAAUUAUGCCCGAAGCGCUUUGGACAAGCUGUUAGAUUAAAGGAUCAUAUGAACAAUGCUCAUGGAACUAAGCAGGAAAUUCCUUGCACUCUAUGCUCGAAAAUCUUUCAUUCAUCUCGCAAUUUGAAAGCUCAUUUGGUUUAUCAUGAUGUUCCGAAGUUUAAUUGUGAACAAUGCGGGAAAAAGUUUUAUUUAAGCAACAAACUGAAAGAGCAUCUAAAAACUCAUGACGGUACACUACAUAUCUAAAUGAGCAAUGAUGUAUCACAUUCUAGACAUGAAUCAAAUCUUAAUGAUAUUUUUGGUAAUUACGAUAAGUGGUCCUAUCAGUCGCCAUCAUUACACCACAACAGAAAUCAUGUAGUACUUUUUCAUCUACCAUUUCAAGAGGAAAACGAUCUUCCAAAACCUCACCGAGGUUCUAUAAAUUGGGAUUUCAAUCAUGUCAGACUUCCAUGCUCACCUGAAAGUUUGUAUACAGAAAUAACAAAUCAAGGAAAAGUUUUAAAGUCUCGCUGGCAUCUCAUCGAAACAACUCUGCUGCAACCUAUACUGAAUAGUCACGAGCUUGAAGGAGCAAUUAAAACAUAUAAUACACGUUAUGAAUCAAUUUGGAAUUUUUCAACACUUCACGAACUUUUUGAAGUUCAUCUUCGUUCGGAAGACGUGACGUUUUUCUUUGACCAAGUUUUACCGAAUCUCAUCAGACUUGCUUUGCAGCUGCCGCAACUCAUACAAUGUCCAAUUCCUCUUCUAAAGCAAGGAGUUAAUAAAUCUAUUUCUAUGUCACAACAACAAGCCGCUUGUCUACUUGCCAACGCAUUUCUCUGUACAUUUCCAAGACGAAAUACUGACAAGAGAGGUUCCGAAUAUAGUAAUUAUCCAACAAUCAACUUCAAUCGCCUCUAUGGAGCUCAUGGAAAUCAUGUCAUUGAAAAGUUAAAAUGUCUCUGUUCAUAUUUCAGACGCAUUUUGUGUGUCGAAAUGCCAAGAAAUGUCAUAACAUUCCAAAGACGUUUUCUUAAAGAUCACAUUGAUUGGAAUCAUUCAGAGAAGAAAACUUCAACAAUUGAAUAUAAAAUUUCGUCGACAGGAAAGAUUGAAGAUGCAUAUGGAAUGUUGCAAGUUGAUUUUGCUAAUCGAUUUGUUGGUGGCGGUGUUUUGAAUCAGGGAUGUGUGCAAGAAGAAAUAAGAUUUCUCAUAAAUCCGGAGAUGAUUGUUGCGAAACUUUUCACAGAAAGUCUCUUGGAUGAUGAAGCUUUAAUAAUGAUUGGCUGUGAACAAUUUAAUGAUUAUACCGGAUAUGCUUCAAGUUUUAAAUAUGCUGGUGAUUAUUCAGAUAAAACUCCAUUGGAUUCAUUUCGUCGCAGAAAAUGUCGAGUGGUGGCGAUUGACGCACUUCCUUAUAAAGACAACAUCGAGCAAUUCAAAGAAUUUUCUAUUCAAAGAGACCUUCAUAAAGCAUAUUUAGGAUUUUUUAAUGACUCAACUGAGAAUUCUCCUGUAGCGACUGGUCUAUGGGGAUGUGGAGCAUUCAACGGUCAUCACAUCAGAGCUGCUUUAAUUCAAUUCUUGGCAUGUUGUGAAAAUAAUCGAAAUCUUGUGUUUUAUUCGUUUGGUGAUGAUCAAACAAAAAAAGAAGUUGAAGAGAUUUUUAAUCUUCUGGUAGAAAGACAAGCCACUGUUAAUCAAGUUUUCAAAACUUUAAAAAACUUUCGAAACGAAAUUAAUUCUAAAAACUCAACUUCAUUGUUAUCAUUUAUUAAAAACCAUUUUGAAGUGAAGACAGUGCCUGAAUCAAAACAAACUUCAUUGUUCAAUUUCGUGAUUCCCAAGUCAUCAAAACUUUUUGCAGUAGAGGAAAAUAAAACUCUUCAACCAUCAACCAGCAAUCAACUAAAUUUCAGUAAAUCUUCAUCUCGUGAUAAAAAGAAGUUUGACGAUAUUGAAAAUACAUUUUCAAUGUUCACACAACAAUCUUCAAAACAAUCACAAAACACGAAAAAUGCCCAGCCAAAGUCUUUAAUUGAUAGUUUAGAUUCUGAUUUUGAAAUGAGGGAUGCAUGUUGAUGAUAAUUAUUAGAAAAUUUUUAUAACUUUGUGAAAGUUUUGUACAAAGCCAAUAAAAAUUAUUUGAAAAUAAAUUUAAUUUUUUCUAUGUUCAUUUUUUUGUUCUAUUCGAGG